AUGUACCCCGCCUUUUUCUCGCAUUCUCGUUCUCUAUGCUGCUUGGUUUGGUGCGUUAUUAGGCUAGUUGCGGCUCCAGAUCCAACGAAGUUCGCUUCCGCUUGGUGGGAUGACGGUCCGUCAGAGGAAGUCACGCUGCCUUCGGCACACGAGCUUUUGGCCGCCUUCUCGCACGAUCCUGCUUUGCAAAUUCAUCAGCCUGAAUGGAGACAACGUCGCCCAGAAGCCACAAUGCAGAUGCUCCCGGUCUUGCGACCAGAAUUGCCAGGAAGUCCGUCGCUGGGGCAUCAUUUAAUUGCAAACCCUGCUUUCUUCCAUGACGUUUCACUGGACUCAUCACUAAUCCCAAGCCUGAGGGGCCAUCAAGACGGCCCAUUAAAAGCUUCUAUAUCCGGCCCUGAUCCAAUAUUCAGUUAUCAUCCUGACGAAUCAAGUGCUCCAGGUGUCGCUAGCUUUUCCAGCAAUGUGCGUUCCACAGACAAUAGUGACGUUGAACGGGAUAGCUAUGUCACUCAUAACACGCCCAUCCCCGACGACAGCUCAUUCGUGAAAAUACCUCAGAUCGUGUCCAGUGAAGACAUUGCGCACCAUAUAGCCGGCCAGCCUUGGGUUCACUUUGCCUUAAAUCAGCUUGAUUCAGUACCAAACGCUUCCCCGUUCGAUGUCGCGACAAUGGUCCGGGAACCAAUCCCCAGGAAAUCGGUCAGACACGACAAAUCGAAAGUUUUAUCUGAUUCCAAUCUCAACACUACUCCUGCUCAAUCGCACACUCUAGCCUUCACUAGCACAUCCACUGCGAAGCAAAGCAAUCGGGAUGACACUAAGGCUCAGGCACCCAUGCAAGUGGAUAACCCAGUCGUGGAAGUAACUCCUGAGAUAAUACCCGGUGAUCAAAAUGAGCGUCAUCAACAAUCAACACAAGUGUCUCGUUUAGUUUACUCGAAUUCGCCAUUGGAUAUCAUCAGGAAUGGGUCUCCCAUCAGCAAAUUGGAGACCAAAAAAGUCAGGCUAAAAGGCCGCAGGAAAAGCCAUCUCAAUGACCAGCUACACGUUCAUCGAUUCCUUCUCAAGCAUUACGAUGACCAAUUUUUUAAUACAGUCAACUCGAAGGAGUUUUUUUCGAAAAAGACUACUCAAAAAUUCCAGUACCCCGAUUUCCCUCUUGCGAUGGCUGAACCGCAACGUCCAGGUCUUGGUUACAUCAUCAGAGUCAUCUGUGCUUCAGAUCAAAGCCAUCUACAGUCACCUGAUGUGUUGGUUUCGCAAUACAAGUAUUUGAUCAAAUGUAUUCACGAUUUCCACGAAGCGCGCUUGAACACGUUAGAUAUCCCAAUAUACGUACACAGACUACAGCAUCAAAAAAUGUUUGACUGGCUCUACAAAGAGGCGUUCGAAAAUCCUGUUCCCCUUAUGGGGCUGAAGAAUACAGCGGUGCCAGAAUGGGGAAAAGACGAUAUACUCAAGAGUACCCAGGUAGAAUUAUUACGUGUCUUAUCUCAGAAUACGAUCGACUAUCCGAUUACACUAUCCGCGGCUACUAAGCUGUUCCAGACCUUCAUAGAUAAUCAACCGGAUGACUCGGGUGAGUCGGCAGUUUUCAUUCAAGUCGAGCCAGUUCCUGAUUGGAAGUGA